AUGUAUGGAAGGGAGUGCUACGUGCACAACCUGCUGCGGAUCACUGUGGCCUUCCCAGUCCUGCGGCAGGAGAUCCUGGAGCUGGUCAUCGGGAAGCUGCUCAGACUGGAUGUGAGCGCUCCGCGGAGUGAUAUUGAAGACGCGGAAGAGAAUGCUGCCCAGGGGGCUGAUGAGAACGGAGCCUCCCAAGAGGAAGGCCUCUUUGAUAUGGAUGAAGACAAGGAAAAUGUGCCCAAUUCCUCCAGCCCUCCGGGGGGCGAUGUGAUGGCUCACACUGUAGCUGACCGUCUGGAUGUUCUUAUGAUGGUCCUUCUGGCAUACAUCAAAGACCUCGGCUAUGUGAAAGGCACACUGGAGCUAACUCGCACUAAAGAGCUGUAUCGGGACCUGAUUGCUGUCUUCGACAAGCUCAUCCUUCCCACGCACGCCUCCUGUCACGUGCAGUACGUCAUCUUCUACCUCUGCAGCUUCAGACUGGGCCUGGCUGAAGCUUUUCUGGAGCACCUGUGGAAGAAGGUGCAGAGCCCCAGCAACCCGGCUGUGAUCCGGCAGACUGCUGCAGGUUACAUCGGCAGCUUUCUGGCCAGAGCCAAGUUCCUCCCCAUACCGACAGUGAAGGCAUGCUUGGACCUCCUGGUCCCCUGGCUCCACCAGUACAUUGACAGCCAGGAUGUGGGUUCGAAAGCUUUUUGUGACGUGUCCCUGCACGGGCCCUUCUACGCUACCUGCCAGGCAGUCUUCUACACCUUUGUGUUCAGGCACCGGCAGAUGCUGGAGGGGAACCUGCGCAAAGGUCUGGCAUACCUCCAAAUGCUGAAUUUUGAACGGAUAGUAAUGUGCCAGCUGAACCCUCUGAAGGUGUGCUUACCGGCUGUUACAAACAUGUUUGCAGAAAUCACAAGGAAGUACCAGCUGGUGUUCUGUUACACCAUUAUCGAGCGUAAUAACAGGCAGCUGCUGCCUGUGGUGAGGAGCAGUCUGGGAGGAGAUUCCUUGACCACCAACGCCAACCCUCUGGACAGCUUCUUCCCCUUUGACCCCUACCUGCUCAAGAGGUCAGGGAAGAUGAUCCAGCCCAUUUACCAGGUCUGGGAGGAGGUGAGCCUGUGUGAUGUGGAUGGAGCCAAGCAGCCAGCUAAAAAGGACUCUCUGACAGAGGAGGAGGAUGAUUUCCUGCGAGGGGAGAGCCUCCAGAGUGAGGCCGUGGUGGGCUUGACCCCCGGCUCCUACGAGUCUCACAUGCGCAGUCCCAGCAGCGUGGGCUCGCCUCCCAUCGCCUUCAUGCAGCGUCCCUUCUGACGCGCCACUCGGUCAAAACACACAGCGGGCAUUAGUGAAGCAAACGGGCAGGAGAAACCGACCAUGGACACAGAGCUUUGCUGCAUUGCCACCGGGCGCACAUAUUUCUGAAUGUGCCCCUUUCAGGAAAGACGAGCAUUACUCAUUUCUUUGUAGGCACAAAGCUGCCUCUUGAGUUUCUUUGGGAAUCUCUGUAACCCUAACUUCAGUAGAAUCGUUUUGGAACCAGAACAGCACAUAUGAAUUUGAUAAUAGUUUAGAAAUGGAUUCAGUAAAGUUAGUUAUUUGUCUUCAGUCCUUUUAUGAUUAGGACAUCUGGUUUUCGGUUUUCAUUUCAUUUUUUGGUUCUUAUUUUUAGCUGUUUUCAAGUUUUGUGUACAUUUUUUUUUUAAAAAU